AUACAGAAGAAGCUGGCUUGUUUUGUGUUUGGUUGGGCUGAAAAAUGAGAGAGAGAGAGGGCAAUUAACAUAAUAUCGGAAUUCAAUUUUACAACUGAGGUUUCAGACUUAUUAGUUAACUAGAACUUGAAGUAACUCACAGGAAUCACUUCAUCUUGUGUAGUCUUUGUUGAAUGCUGAUUGUUUGUUGAAUUGAUUCAUGUGUGGAACUCUCCAUCAUGGUUUAUUCCAUUGAGUUGAUAUGGUAAUUGGGCAGUGACGGUUGUUCAGUAAAUUUAGCAAAAUGGAUCAAGAAAUGUUGUCCUUAUUUCAGCUGGAAAAAAAGAGAUUGUUUUGGCUUAUUGGCAUUACGUUUGCAAUGAUUUUUUCAUUCCACUAUUUUGAGCUUCCUUAUGGUAGCUUUCAACCCUCUGUAUACUCUGCUGACACUACACCAGCAUUGGAUAGUGUUAGAUUCCAAGUUGCAGAUCCAAUAUCUGAGUCUCAAACAUUUAACAAUUUGACAAGUUUGAAUCAAGCAAACUCCGCUGAUGAAAAUGCCCUUGAGAUAGUUAAUAAAACUAGGAUGUCUGAAGAAAAGGACACUAUUUCAAUUACUGGUUUCAUCUCUGACCCAGGAAAGGUAUUGGACGAAUUUUUAGGAUUUGAUGAAAAUGAUGAAUCUUUAGGAUUCAAUGAAAGUCGUGAAAGUUCCAUGGAAGAAACUAAUUGGAUAUCAGACAAUGGUCCUGCAACAGGACUGGCAGGAAAUCUUGAACUGAGCAGUUAUAACAAUACUAUGGCUAUAAAUUUGACAAAAGAUGUUAAUAUUAUAUCUGCAUCAGAACAUAAGUCAGGAAGUUCAUAUGUUAAAUCUCAUUUCCCUACUCAUGCAACAACACAGACAUAUUUAACUCCACCUAUAAGUCAUCCAACAGAAGUGAGCCCAAAUAUUCUACCUCGAGCGGUAUCAAAUGAUUCUAAGGAAAAUGAUUCUGAGAAGGAUGAGAGUUUCAGGCCAUCACAUGAAAAUGUCAAUAUACAAGGCAAGAAUUUUCCUAUUAACAGCGUGCCUAUGGAUACUAAAGAAACUCAAAUAGCAGUUUCGGAAGUAAUAACAAUUUCUGAAAUGACCAAGAUAUUGCUGCAAAACCAUGCCUCAUAUCGUUCCAUGAGGCCAAGGUGGUCUUCCGCUGUUGAUCAAGAGCUACUGCACGCCAGAUCAGAGAUUGAAAAUGCACCAAUUGUAAAUGAUGUUGAAAAUCUUUACACUCCCCUUUUUCGAAACAUUUCCACAUUCAAGAGGAGCUAUGAAUUGAUGGAAAAGACUCUUAAAGUGUAUGUAUAUAAAGAAGGAGCUAAGCCCAUAAUGCAUUCACCAUAUCUUUUGGGAAUUUAUGCUUCCGAGGGAUGGUUCAUGAGACUGAUGGAAGCUAAUAAAGAAUUUGUUACUAAUGACCCAAAGAAGGCCCAUCUGUUUUACUUACCUUUCAGUUCUCGGAUGUUAGAGGAAACCUUAUACGUACAAAAUUCACAUAGUCACAGGAAUCUGAUUCAGUAUCUGAAUAAUUAUGUAGACAUGAUUGCCACAAAACAUCGUUUCUGGAACAGAACAGGAGGUGCCGAUCACUUUCUUGUUGCUUGCCAUGACUGGGCCCCUACAGAAACAAAGCAACACAUGGCUAAGUGCAUAAGAUCCCUAUGCAAUUCUGAUGUCAAAGUUGGUUUUGUCUUGGGAAAAGACACGUCUCUUCCCGAAACUUAUGUCCGCAGUUCUCAGAAUCCCACUAGAAACCUUGGUGGAAAACCAGCUUCGCAGAGGAACACCCUAGCCUUUUUUGCAGGGGGCAUGCAUGGUUAUGUUAGGCCAAUCCUGUUACAGCACUGGGAAAAUAAAGAUCCUGACAUGAAAAUCUUUGGGAUACUGCCAAAGUCUAAGGGCAAUAGAAACUACAUCCAGUACAUGAAGAGCAGCAAGUACUGCAUUUGUGCAAAGGGCUAUGAAGUGAACAGUCCAAGAGUUGUGGAGGCCAUAUUCUAUGAAUGUGUUCCAGUUAUUAUAUCAGACAAUUUUGUGCCUCCAUUUUUUGACGUUUUGAAUUGGGAGUCCUUUGCUGUUUUUGUUUUGGAGAAGGAUAUUCCAAAUCUAAAGAGUAUACUCCUUUCCAUCCCUCAAAAAAGGUAUCUUCAAAUGCAGAUGAUGGUGAAAAAAGUGCAGCAGCAUUUCCUUUGGCAUAGGAGCCCUGUCAAGUAUGAUAUAUUUCACAUGAUACUUCAUUCUAUUUGGUACAACAGAGUGUUCACCGCAAGAACUAGAUAGAAAACUUUGGAGACACGGAUGGCCAGAAUUGAUUGAAAGAGCCUUUUAUUUUUGUUAAAGAAAAAAAAACACAUUUUUUUGGGGAUAGACAGAGAGAAUAAAUAAGAAUGAAGUUUAUUAGAUUAUUUUAUGUGUACAUUUUUUGAGCUUUUGGUGUAAAUUUAAUCUGUAUGUAUAUUUAUUCUCACUUUGUCUUGAAUAAAUUUGUGUAAUUUUAAGUAGU